AUGGCUGACUUUAAGAACACCCACUCCGCUCUUCAUGAACUGCAAUCUGGAGACCAGGCAGAGCUUCUGGACGCAACCGACCAGCUUCGUAAGAACGCGUUCAAUGCUGAGUUUGACCCUACCCAAAUCAUCGUAUGCGGCGAUCAAUCCAGUGGAAAGUCCUCCGUGCUCGAAGCCAUCUCGAGGGUUCGCUUUCCCUCAAAAGACACCUUAUGCACAAAGCUCGCCAUGGAGCUGGUCCUUCGUAGAGCACCCCAAUCGAGCUUCGAGGUCCGCAUAGAGCCGGCCUCGGACCGGACUCCUGAGGAGAAAGAAGAGCUCUCGCAGUUCGCGCCUGGUGAUGAUCUCAAUGAUCUGCAGCAUAUACCAGGGGUCAUCGAAGCAGCGACUGCGCGUCUGGCGGACAUUGACCUUGAAGGUCAUGGUGGCCACGGAUUCUACAAAGACAAGCUGGUGAUCACCAUUCGGCGCCCUGACUUGCCACCUUUGACGCUCGUGGACCUUCCCGGCUUUAUCCAAUCCUCGAACAGAGACCAGCUGCCAGAAGAUAUCGACACCGUGAAGCAGCUUGCUAUGUCGUACAUGGCUCGGGAGAACAGUAUCAUCCUAGCAGUCGCGGCGGCAAACAACAAUGUAGCUAACCAGAUUGUCUUCGAAGAAGCUCGCCAGGUCGACCCGGAGCGCGAGAGGACUCUCGGUAUCAUCACAAAGCCUGACCUCGUCGAUGCAGGGUACAGCGCGGAAGCAGAAGACGUCAAAUUUGCGCAGAAUCGUGACAUCGUUGUGUCCAUGGGCUGGCAUGUCCUCAAGAACUGCGAUCCCCAGCAUGCAAAUGCCACGGCUGACGAACGGGACGCUCUUGAGGCUGAGUUCUUCUCUGCCGCCUCGAGCUUCCGUUGGAAGGACCUGCCAAAGUCUGAUCUGGGUGGCAGCAGCCUCCGGGAGAAACUCAGAAAGAUCUUGCUUGCAUCAAUCCGGACGAGCUUGCCAACACUUGUGGGGAGGAUCGAGAAUAGGGUGGAAGAAUGCGAGAGGUCUGCGACAAAAUUGGGGGAGCCGAAACUGCUUGAAAGCGAGCAGAGACAAGAGCUGACCGCGAUUGCUGGACAGCUUGAGAAACUUGUCACUGCGGGUAUCCAAGGAUUUCACCGCGAAUCGUUUCGCUUCGAGCCUUUGAAACUUCGCGCUUCCAUGCGACAGCUCCUUGAUGACUUUGCACAGGACAUGCAUAGCAAAGGCCAACGCUUUGCCGUCGCUAGUCGCCGUCAGCGCCCAACGACUUCCAAGCUGGACCUUUUCACGCCCAGUCCGGUGGUCGACUCGACACUCUCCAAGGCCCUGAAGUGCUUGAUUGAGAUCAUCAACGAUGUCUUUCGACACCAGACAUCCAAAUGGGCUCGCUUCGCCAACACCUACGCCAAAACAACUUGGCAUCUCGCAGAGAGCUUCCUGAAAUAUGCCUUGGCCCACGUGGCACCCUCUCAUACAGCUGAGGCGAUCUCGAACGGCAUCCUCGAGACUAAGCUGGCUGCAAGCAAAAGCAAACUCCUUCUCAAAGUCGAGGAGUUGUUGAAGCCCUACACCCGCAGAGCUGUCUUCAUCCUGAACUCUGCCGAGCUGCAAAAACGGCUCGGCGAGGCUCGAGAGGUUCGUCGAGAGGCUUCGUGGGCAAAUGGGAAAGACGACCCCGAACAGGAGAAGACGGGGGCACAGCUCGGGCAGGCCGCGAUUGUACUGGACUAUGUGAAUGCACAGUACGCCAUUGCGCUCGACACGUUCCUCGAGAACUUCGCCAACUUGGCCAUCGAGGGCUGCCUGAUCGAAGACCUGCAAGAGCUCUUCACGGCCAACGUUGUCGCUGGCAUGGACGCGAGUAUGGUCAAGCAAUCCACUGCAGAGCCUGACUACGUGGUCAGGGACAGAGAGGAUAACAAGCAGCGGCUCGCGAUCUUGCAGGGUAUCUUGAAGACGUGCAGUAAGCAUGUCAGCCGCUUCGAUGACUUUCAAGGCGGCAGACCGCCGCAUGCUUCAGCCCCCACACCUGCUGACCCGCCAGAAAUCGUAGCGACCUCGCCCUUAAUAGCUCAUCCAACCGAAAAGACUCCAUCGCCGAAACAGCAGUGGCUGUGUCGACGUUCCCGCGCAGACUCAGGCUACGCCUCCCCACGAAGGAUCUCGUCGUCGUCCUCACGUGGACGGGCCAAAGGGUUGGCCCCGGGCUACAACACCGCGCCUGGGAGGUCACCGUCGCCCUUGCAGAAGAUGCUAAGGCCGGAUGCGCAAUAUGCGUCGUUCAAUGGCUCAGAGGAUGAGGAUCGGUCGGAGGAAGUGACAUCGCGAGGGACAUAA